UUGAUACAAGUUUCAUUUCUAAGCAAUCUCUCCGGUAAAAGGAAAAGUUUUGUGUCUUUCUCUCUUUCUCUCUCUAAAACUGUCCUACUACAUAAUAAUGUAACUUCCCACCAAAAGACUCCUUUUUCUAAUACUAUCUCUCAACGGGAGGAACUUCCACUUUCCCUUGCUUUUCAUAUUCCCUUAAACAAAUUUGUUCCUCUGACUCCACAAAAACAUAGGGACAUAGAAAGAGGAGAGAUGAUGCAAAAACAUUCGCAGAAACUGUCUUACAGAGAAUCUGUCAAAGCUCUUGAAGCUGAUAUACAACAUGCCAAUGCUUUGGCAGUUUCUCUUCCAAGAGAUUAUGGGGGAGAAUGUCUUCAAAUGAGAUUGUCUUUCAAUCCUCUUGCUCCAUUGUUUAUAUUUUUGAUUGAAUGGAUGGAUUGUAGUUGUACAGAUACCCUCCCAAACUACCUAGGUCUUCUUAACAUACUUAUAUACAAGGUACACGUUGACGGCAAAACAACUAUAUCUUCACAUGAAAGGAGAGCCAGUCUUAGGGAAUUCUAUGCUGUUAUAUAUCCGUCUCUUCAACUAAUAGAGGGCGACUUAACCGCACUGGAGGAAAAAUGUAAGAUGAGUUGGUUUACACAUGUCUCAGAAAAGAAAAGGGCCGAAGAGAGGAGAAGGAUCAUCAGCAAGGAUCUUGAAACGGAUGAUGAAUGUGGAAUUUGUAUGGAAGCUUGUACUAGGAUGGUCUUACCCAACUGUGGGCAUUCCCUUUGCCUUAACUGCUUCCAUGAUUGGAAUUUGCGAUCUCAAUCCUGCCCUUUUUGUCGUGGUAGCUUAAAAAGAGUAACCUCAAAAGACUUGUGGGUUCUUACGAGUAACGACGAUGUGGUAGACACAACAACUCUUGCAAAGGAGAAUCUCAUACGUUUCUAUCUCUACAUGAAUUCUUUGCCUCUUGUGAUCCCUGAUACCCUUUUCUUUGUACAUGAUUACAUGGUCUGAUGACUUAUAAAUGGCAAAGAUGCUGACUGCCCCUUGUAAUUUGUACAUAGUCUUGUAUGGGAAGUCUAGCUGUUUGUUCGUCUUAGAGUGUUGACCUCAAGCUCCCAUAAAGAAGAUACUGAUGCUCAAAUUUGGGUAGAUUGUUGUUCUAGAAUCUACUAACUUAAAUUCAAGUUUACUGAAUGCCCGAUUCUCAGACUCGAAUUUGGUGUCUUUCUUCCUCUCAUGAUCGGCCAAAGAGUUGAAAACAAGAUGUGAAGCACUUGCUAUUAUAAAGGAAAUGCAGAUGAAGGAGGGAUAACGUAUGCUCGUAAUAUAUUCUCAGUUAUUUUGGAAACCCUGAGAAUUUGAAUGAAAUUAUUAAAGCACAUGCCUUGCCAAUUACUGUACAUAAAAUUCGCUAUGAGCAAUUCUUCCUGCAAUGUGCUGGUAAUUUUAUUAUCUAUCAAGAAAUGUUUUACAGCAUAAUAUGUAAUUUACAUGUUUAACGUG